AUGCUCUCUCCCGCAUCCGAGGCGGUAAAGCCAAGUAAACGCGACAGUGUCGAGGAAUCGCCUCGGAGACAGGACGUCGUCGCCGUUCAACGCACAACGGAGGAUGGUCCGAACGACGACAUGUUGACUCGGCUGCACCAAGAAACAGACACUCGCGGACCAUCGAAACCCUCGUCCCCUGGAGAUGUUGCCGACAAGGUGCGGCCAGCCACCCCUCAGACCAACCCUUGUGGCAGAGAUAUGGACAGCCUGGGAAGCGGAGAGCUGGCAACCUUGGAUUCAGGCACGUCAGAGGAAGCAGAAAGCUAUGCCGAUGCUCUAGCCAUCAGCAGUGAACCCUCGCAGACGCCACCCCAAGCUGCUGCCGCCGCCGUCCAAGACAGGGAACGCGGCUGGACCCUGCCGGGCCCGGGCCUCUCGGACCCGUUUGUGGAACCCGACAAGAUGGCGGCGACCUUGUCUGCCGACUCGGCCGUCUUCGACGGGGCAGACAAAGAUGGAAGCCCGAACGAGAGCGUGCACACGUUGCUGCACGCGUACGUGCUCAAGUCCCGCCACCAGGACCUCUGGCUAGCCGUGGCAAACUGCACGCCCCAGCGGCGCAAGCUGCUAGAGGAUCUGUCCAGCACCCAAGAGGGAUGCGGAUCGCUAACCCUGUAA